AUGCUAUUUAAAAAAUGGUUGGAUAACACCCCAACGAAUCAGACUGCGUGGGCUGAAGAAAGAGGUUCAGUCAUACUCCCAUUAGAAGCGGAUGAUGUGAAGGAGGCAGUGCUACUGUCUGUGGUGAGAAUGAAAGCGGAAACGAGAACUCCUAAAACAGAUAGACUGGUGCAACACUUCUGGAGCAAAGAACUGACAAAUAUCGGAAGUGGAAUGAGGAAACUUGGUGAUGCGAGAAAAGAGGGUGCGAAGAUACGUAACGUGAAAAGUGCGAUCCAACGAAACAUCCUGAGGGGUGGAGGGGAGAAACAUUUAAAACAAUGGCUAUGGAAUCAGAAGGCUGGGAGCCGUUGA